AUGUCUUCGCAAAUUUGGCAGCCACCAGACAUCACAGCUAUCUGUGCUGAACAGAAUGCGCCUUUAACUCAAUGUUCACAUACUGGAUUCGUGUUUUUAGCUUUAUUAACGCAGCUAUUCGGAAGCUCUAAAGAUUAUAACAUACUCGAUAAUCCAUAUCCUAAGCCUUUUUUGAGUGAUUACCGUAGCCCUCCAUUAGUAGAACGGACCAUUUCGGAACCGGCACCAAUAAAACACGUCGCAACAAAUCCACAUCUACUAGGGCCUCCUUUGAAUUUCGAACCACACGUGGAUCAUAAAAUUCAUGCACAUAGCUAUGGACCAAAAGGAAGUCAAGGUUUCUCUGAAUCAUCAUUCUUUUUGAAACCAGAUUUGAAAUUAGAUUUCGAAAAGUUCCCACCUAGAUUCGAUGCAGCCGACUUUGAAUCAAAUUUUUUUGCUAACAAGCACGAUUUCUUUGACGUAGAGCCGGCUGAUUCAGAAAAGGUUACAGUAGUGGAUAAAGCUGAAAUUAUAACUGAGAAAAGCAAGGCUUAUAAUAAAAAUAAAAGGAAAAGAAAAAAGAGAUACGCUCCUGAAGUGUACGACUUUAUUGUAGUCGGUGCCGGAUCAGCAGGAUGUGUUAUUGCUAAUCGUCUUUCUGAAGUUAAAAAAUGGAAGUCUUCAGAAGCAGGUCCAGAGGAACCAGACGUCACUAGCGUGCCAGCCUUCGCCCCAGUUUUAGGAAACUCAAAUAUCGAUUGGAGAUAUAGAACACAGCCCGAAGAGUUGACUUGCAGAGCACAUAGAGGGCAAACUUGUCCAUGGUUUAGCGGUCGUGUUAUGGGUGGUUCCAGUUCUAUAAAUUAUUUAGUUUAUAUGAGAGGUAAUAAACGUGAUUAUGAUGAUUGGGCUGCACUUGGUAAUUAUGGAUGGAGCUACGAUGAUGUACUGCCAUAUUUCAAAAAAUCGGAAAACAAUCAAGAUAUUGAAGCAAAGGAUGAAAUAUAUCAUGGUGUUGAUGGCCCUCUGACAGUAGAACGGUUUACGUAUUUGGAUAAAAAUGUUGCAAUGAUAGUGAAAGCUUUCCAUGAAACUGGAUUACCCUUAGUAGAUUUUAAUGGUGAACAACAAAUAGGAACUAUGACUACACAGGCAACUUCUAAAGAUGGAAAACGAAUGUCUAGUAAUUCAGCCUUUAUAAGACCUGUAAGACACAAAAGAUCGAAUUUGUUUGUAAGAUCAAAUGCACAAGUGACAAAAAUUUUAAUACAUCGCCACAAAAAGAUAGCAUAUGGAGUGAAGUAUAUGAGGAAUGGGGUUUGGCAUGAGGUACGUGCUUUAAAAGAAGUAGUGUUAAGCGCUGGAGCUCUUAAUUCUCCUAGGAUACUAAUGUUAUCUGGAAUCGGACCAGAGAAAACCCUCAAGGAACUAAAUAUACCAGUGUUGAAAAAUCUUAAAGUUGGAUAUAAUUUACAAGAUCAUGCUACUAUGGAAGCUAUGCUUAUGGGUUUAACAAACAAAACGUCAACGUCAAUUAGCAGUGAUGAAUUAAUAAAUGGAGUAAAAAAAUAUCAUUCAUCAAAACACAAUGAUGGACCACUAUCUGCAACAGGGCCUUUAUAUGUGACAGCAUUUGUAAGAACGCCUUUUGCGGAUGAAGACGAAACAGUGCCCGAUAUACAAUAUCAUUUUGAUGGUAGAAAUUUAAGAGAGUUUUACUCGGAUCCUACAACUUAUCUAGCGACUCGUACUUUACCUCUUGCUUAUUAUGACAGUAUCAACGUAAGGCCAAUUUUAUUGUCACCAAAAAGUCGAGGAUACUUAACUCUCAAUAAGACUGAUCCUGUUUUUGGUCAACCAUUGAUAUAUCCAAGAUUUUUUACGGACAAACGAGAUGUGGACACUUUAGUGGCCGCAUUGGAAAUGAUACAAGUACUAGAGAAGACUAAAGCUUUUAGGGAAAAUGGCGUAGAAUUUAUUAGAGUUCCAGUCGAAGCUUGUGUAAAUUAUGAAUGGGGUACAUAUGAUUAUUUCUUUUGUUUACUUAGAAGUUAUACUGCGACAAUAUUUCAUCCCGCAGGAACUUGUCGAAUGGGACCACCGUCUGAUAAAGAGGCUGUUGUGAAUCCUCGUUUGAAGGUUUACGGAAUACGACAUUUGAGAGUUGCAGAUCUUUCUAUUGUGCCAAAUAUUAUCCGUGGAAAUACCAACGCUCCAGCUAUAAUGAUAGGUGAAAAAGUAUCUGACAUGAUAAAAGAAGAUUGGAAUCACUAUUUUUAA